AUGAUCACCUCCUCGAUAUGGCGUACUUCAGCACGCCAUUUCUCUACAUCCAAGCUCUGCUUGUCAAACAUAGGAAAGAAACCAAUCAAAAUCAAUGAUGGUGUGUCAUACGCAAUCGAAUCUAUCCCUAUUGAAUUUUGCAAAUCAUUCACGAAAAGAAACAAGAGAUUUGUCCUCGACAGACAGAUUGUAGUCAAGGGCCCGCUUGGUGCACUCAGAACAGAAUUACCUAAAUUCAUACACAUCCACACCCCAAAAGGAGAAGAUGAUGGAGGUAACAGCCAACAAAUCACUGUUAAAGUUGAGAGACCACAUAAUAAAACACAAAGGUCGCUAUGGGGCACUAUACGCUCGGCAAUACAGAAUGCAGUCAUAGGGACCAGUGAGGGACAUUUGUCGAUUGUAAAGUUUGUUGGAACUGGUUACAGAGCCAUAAUUGAAAAGAAUGAAAAGGGAGAAGAUGUAGUGGCAUUGAAGAUUGGGUUCCCAUAUACGCCGAAAUUGGUUGUUCCUCCGGGGUUGAAAGUCAGUAGUCCCAACCCAGCUAGAUUAGUUAUUGAAGGUUGUGAUAAACAACAAGUGAAAUUGUUUGCCUCGUUGAUCAGAGAACAUAAGAAACCUGAGCCAUACAAGGGCAAGGGUAUUUUUGUUGAUGGGGAGACUGUGGUGCUCAAAGAGAGGAAGAUCAAGUAG